GUCAAAUGUACUAAUGACCAAACUAAUAGGAACAAAAUCCUCCGGCAGCACUGCCCGCGGGCUCCAGCACAAAGAUCCAGAAGUUCUGGUCGUACGAUCUGCGUCACUUGCGUACCAAGCCAGGCGCAGGGAGUCCCUUAUUAAAAACAACUUUUCCUGCGUCGCACCGCUCCCCGCCCCUUCCGGCCUUUCGCUGGUUCCGGAUGGGCUGGGCCUGCGCCAGAAGCACAGUUGCGAGGUCUCCGUUUGUUUGGGGAUGCUGGAUUCUUCCGGAAUCGCCAGCGAUUAGUGGCCACUCCCUCAGCUCCAGGAACUGCUCUGAGUGCAGUUACAGACAGAACACCUUAACCGGUAACAGUCCCGUGAGGACCCAAGCAGAACUGAGGGAGAGCGGCAAGCUGAUUCUCAGAGGUACCAGCAUCCCUGUGACUAACAGCACUGCCAGGGCCCGGCUAGCCGUGUGAACCAUCUUUCCUAUCAUGGAGCCUCCUGGAGAGAAGCCAGGAGAGGCUGACACACUGACUAUCACACCCCAGCUGCUGAAGUCCCACUCUGGAGAGUUUGCCCUGGAUUCCAUCCUGUUGCUGAAACUUCGGGGUUUAGGGGUGGUGGACCUGGGUUGUUUGGGGGAGUGCCUGAACCUUGAGUGGCUUGACCUAUCAGGCAAUGCACUUACCCACCUGGGCCCACUGGCAUCCCUGCGUCAGCUGGUGGUGCUCAAUGUCUCCAAUAAUCGACUGACAGGGCUGGAGCCACUAGCAGCCUGUGAGAACCUGCAGAGCCUCAACGCUGCUGGUAACCUGCUGACCACUCCUGGCCAGCUGCAGUGUCUGGCUGGGCUGCAGGGCCUGGAGCACCUGAGGCUCCGGGACCCUUUGGCCCGGCUCAGCAACCCGCUCUGUGCAAAUCCCUCCUACUGGGCUGUGGUCCGAGAGCUGCUGCCUGGCCUCAAAGUCAUAGAUGGGGAACGUGUGAGUGGGCGGGGCAGUGAGUUGUACCAGUUAUGCCGAGACCUGGACAGUUCCUUGCGCUCCAGCUCCAGCCCAGGCCCCAGAGCCAUCGAGGCCCAGCCAUGGGUAGAGCCCGGCUACUGGGAGUCCUGGCCUAUCCGGAGCAGCUCCAUUCUAGAGGAGGCUUGCCGGCAGUUUCAGGACACACUGCAGGAAUGCCUUGACCUGGAUCGUCAGGCUGGUGAGAGCUUGGCCCAGGCCCAGCAGGCUCUCAGCCCUGCAGAAACCACCUCUUCCUUUGUCUUCUGAAUGCAACUCAUAAUAGCUGAGGUAGUCUGAUCAUAGACAUUCCUUCCCUGCCCCAGGCCCUUGCCUCUCGGUUUAUUUAUUUAUUUCUGGUCACUGAACCUGCAAACUAGGUUGUUCAUUCAUCACUUUCUUCAGAGCUUCCUACAUUUCUCCAAGGAUGCUUCCUGCCCUCCUACACCCACAGAGGAAUGCUUUCCAGGUCACCUCUAGAAGGUAGAAGAGAUCCCCUCACUAUCUGGCAAAUACACCUUGCAGCCAGGCUCUGGGGGCUCCGGAAUGCUGAGCCUGCGCCCCUUCAGAUGCCCAACCCAAGGCUUUGUGGGUAAGGUUACUUGCCACCUGCUAACUCUUAUUAAACAGUCCUGUG